AAGGUUUCAAAGCCUAAUAAAAGAAAGGGAUUGAAGAAAAUCAUCAGUCGCACUGCUCAGAAAAAAAAAAAAAACGAAGAAAAAUCAGUACCAAGUCUCAAGAGUGAUUGAAGAAAAUGGAGCUGAAAGUAUAUGUAGAUCGUCUGUCACAGCCAUCAAGGGCAAUUGUCAUCUUCUGCAAGGCAAACAAGAUAGACUUUGAAGAGGUUGGAAUUGAGUUAUUAAAGGGUCAGCAUCUAACUCCUGAAUUCAAAGAAAUAAAUCCUAUGGGAAAGGUGCCAGCUAUUGUAGUUGAUGGAAAGUUCAAGCUUUUUGAGAGUCACACGAUCCUAAUCUUUCUUGCUUCUGCAUUUCCUGGAGUUGCUGAUCACUGGUAUCCAGCUGAUCUUUACAGGAGAGCUGAAAUUCACUCAAUUUUGGAUUGGCAUCACUCCAACUUACGUCGUGGCUCAACUGAAUUUAUUCAGAAUGCUUUACUAGCACCUUUUUUUGGUCGACCUCUGAAUCCGCAAGCAGCUGCCGAAGCCGAGAAAGUUUUGUCCUCAUCCCUGUCAAAGAUAGAGGCUCUGUGGCUUAAAGAGAGCGGCCAGUUCUUGCUAGGCAGUAGCCAACCAUCCAUAGCUGAUCUAUGCCUCGUCUGUGAGAUAAUGCAACUAGAGUUUGCAGAUGAAACGGAUCGCAAUCGCAUACUUGGUCCACACAAGAAGAUUCAGCAGUGGAUUGAGGAUACCAAAAAUGCAACAAAACCACACUUUGAUGAAGUGCAUCAAACCCUCUUUGCAGCCAAAGUUAAAUUACAGAUGCAACGUAAAUAGAGUAAAUAUUUCUUGGUUCAUCAUGCAUAACUUUGAGCCAAGGAUUUUGUGCAGCAAGACUGGAUCAAAUAAUGAGGGGACCACAGUCCACAACGUAUUAAUUUAAGUACUUUUGAUAUUUUGUGAUGUUUUGUAAUGACAAUUUCGGGCUUAAAAGGGAUUAUGUAUUAUUAUAGACACCAGAACCGUCGUUGUGGAACUCUUUUGGAUAAAAAAAUUGUCAGUGGGUGUUUAAGCUCUUG